UGCGUGAGUGGAGGGAGGUGGCAUCAACGCUCUUCGAGUAUAUAUGCGAGAAGCAGAUCGGCUAUGGUACAGUUCACCAAGAGACAAUACAGAAAAGAGACUAGUUUCCAGAUACCUGAGGAGACCUGUUGAAUUUUCGCAAUCUAUAUUUUUUUAUCACCUGAGUUUUUUCGGACAGUGAAACAUUUCAGUGAUAAAGUGUGUGAGCUUUGGAGUUAUUUUUUUGGAGAUCGAAUUUUAUUUUGCAUCAGAGUUUGGAUAAGAGGCAUUAUGAGGAGCAUCAAGGAGUUGAGUUUUUCCACUGUUGUGAGUCUGAUUGUUCUUGUGGCACUCAUGCCGGAAUUCACAUACGCCAGACCUGCCGCAGUGACGAUGGGCCGCCACAAACGCACGUCGGAUCAACGACUCGCCGAGCUGGAGACGCUCAUAGCUCUAGAGAAUUUGCGCGGCAAAUUGGUGACGGUACCUGUUGGGUUCGGCAAGGUGGAUCCCGCGAAAAUAGGACGCAGGAGGCGAUCGAGCGUCGAGUUCGAUCUGCAGAGACUCCGUCGUUUCCUUCAGGUGCUCGGGAGUCAGUCCGAGUCCAACAGCGAGGAGAGCAGCGAGGAGAUAUUCCCUUCGUUACUGCAGAACGAAGACCAGCGUGAUGAAGAUCUCGGAAAUCAGCUGAUAUAACUUUAAUCAUACCUGCAAACAAAAACAUCCAUCCUCUGCGAUUGCCAAUAAUUCAAUUAAGGAUGAAGAAACAUUUGUGGAAAAUGAAGAAAAGGUCUUCGAUGCCCAACCAGUAUUAGCCGCCUGUUCAUCUCGCCGUUCACCAUCUUCAGUCUCACAUUUCAUUUCCGAGAUAAUUCCAUUCGUACGAUUACGGGAUUAUAGAUUAAUUUAAAUGUCCUCUCGGUGAAGCAAUAUUUUUGUAACUCUAUGUGUUCUUCAGUUAUCGCAGGUCUGUCUACUGCGUAGUAUUUUUUUUUCGUAACGCAAUCAACGUAUUUUUAGGUAUUUAUUCGGUUCGUACUGCUGAUUUAGUCUAGGUAGAAUUUUUCAAUUUAUUUAUUUGGCACUCAUCAUUGCUCGCAUUGCUCCACGCACGAAACAAUUUCAUAGAAAAACCCAGCGAUUUUAAUGAACAAUUCUAUUGAAUUUUCAUGGGAAUUCCUC